AUGACUGGGAAGGGAGGCAAGCCAUUGCUCGCGGCCAAGUCAGAGAAGUACAAGGCCAACAUCUCCAAGGCGUCCAAAGCAGGCAUGCAGCAAACAAUUGUGGGGGAUAAACGCGUUUGUCCUAGGGCGGCGGUCUACACGGCUGCUAUUCUGGAGUACCUGACUGCUGAGAUUCUAGAGCUGGCUGGAGACAGUUGCAAGUCUGAGAAUUUGGAAGAUAUCACCCCUUGCCAUCUUCAGCUGGCCAUCCGUGGCGAUGAAGACCUCAAUAAGCUUAUCAAGGGUACCAUCCCUAGUGGAGGUGUGAUCCCCAAAAUCGCCAAGGCCCUACUUGACAAGCGUCGUGCCGGUAUUAAGGAGUAA